AUGAUCAGUACUGGGCGGCGCCUGCUCAUACUCACCUACGCCAAACACGAAAAACGCGUGCACGUCAAGAAUAAUUUACGAGUCAUGUCGGAUAAACCUCGGGCACUACUCGAGUCAAAGAUCAACCCCCACGCCCUUCUCGCCAUUGAACAUCCGUCUUAUGGACUCAACCCCACCAAUUUUGGAAGCAACAUGGGAACAGGACUGCAACUUAACGGCAUAGCCAAGAGAGACGAAAUUGCAAGGCUCCUAAGUAUCCUCGAGGUCGAUAUAGAGGAACAGUGUCUACCUCAGAAAGAGAAACUCAAGAAAUUGGAGCUCCUUAAGUCAAACAUCACUUCAGCGGAAGAUGCUGCGCUUUUCGCUCAGAAGGGAGUCCAGACUUUGUGCUUUUACGCAUUCGAAGAUUCGGAACCUAAAGAUGGAACAUCUCGGGUGGCCUUGAGGUGUAUUGCCAACAUUCUCUUGCUGGAGAGCAAGACACGUCAGACAUUUGUGCAAGAGGGAAACGCUAUCAAGGUAGCAAGAAAACUAAGCGAUAGUCAAGAGCACGAACUCUUGUGUUCUCGGAUCCUUUUCCUGUUGACGUAUGACACCACCUACAACUUUGACAGUCUCUUCGACGACUUCCCUUUGGCCGAGAAAAUACACGAGAAUAUCAGUUAUGAGGCCGAGCAAUUCGACAGAAGUCCAGCAAGCAACUCUCGAUCUCUCUCCGGCUGGGCCCCACUGACGGAGACCCUCAAACUAUUGUUUAAUCUGACCUCUUUCUAUCCCCACCGAAUCUCCGCCUUUGACCGUACAGUUUCCCCAAUUUUGGCGAUCCUCAAAAACAUUCAACUCCAGACACCUGUUCUGCAAUCGCCAGUAACCCAACUAAUUAAUACCCUCCUCAAUCUUGACCUCCAAGGCAAGGAAUCUGAAAACGCUCCAAAUGAUAAAACAUCUUCGUUCUUCCCUGAUCUUGAUCCAAACACCAAUGUCAGCCGGCUUGUAACAAUUCUCGACACCGCCAUCCGCACCAUCAGAGAAGAACUCCUAGAAACCACUGUCAUUCCUCUCAUCACUCUCCUACGCCGCACCUACGACCUAGCACCUUUCUCUGUCAAGACGCAUAUGCGAUCGACUCUCCUCCCUUCAAACGAAGAACGCGCUCAGCCUUUAGGGAAUUCAGACACAUUGGCUUCGUGCUUGCUUCGGCUGUCUACCUCGGCAGUAGCACCAAAUGUUCGCGAAGGCAUUUCAAGCCUCCUCUUCGAAAUAUCUAACAAAGACGCAACAUCAUUUGUGCGAAACGUGGGUUACGGUUUCGCUGCCGGAUUCUUGAUGACGCAUGAUCUGCCUGUACCAGACACUGUACACAAGGGUGAAGACGGAAGCGACGAUCUAGAGGGAAAACUAACUACUGUAGAUGGUAAAGAAAUUAACCCUAUCACUGGCCAGAGGCGCGACAUGGAGCCUCAGGAUUUUGGGCCAGAGAUGACUGACGAGGAAAAGGAAAGAGAAGCAGAAAGGCUAUUCGUACUGUUUGAGAAGCUGAAAGCUACGGGGGUUGUUAACGUCUUGAAUCCAGUGGAGCAAGCCUUGCAGGAAGGCCGAUUCGAGGAGGUGGACUGA